AUGUUCGAGCGUCGUGCAGGCGAUCGUUAUCGCCUGCGAAUGCACCGGGCUCGCUCAGCUGUGCUGACUUCAGAUGAAAUCGUUGAGGUGCGGGCAGCCCAACGAACCUUCGAAGGAGCCUAUGUCCGAACGGCACUUUCCCAAUUCUCCUUCGCCCUCGUCGUAUUGAAGAUCUUCACCGCCGAGUUCUACAGUAUCGGGGCUCUCUUCGCGAUAUACGGUACCGGAGUCCUAAUCAUCGGACUCUUCCGUCGCUCGCAGGGAAAUAGACAAUUCUUCUCCGAAUUAGGGGAGGACGGCAUUCAUCGACACAAAUUCCGAACCAGUGGAAAUGCGGUGCUGGUCUUGACAGCUUUGAGCAUUGCGGCAUACGCGUGCUUGAUUGGCUUGACUUUGAACCUGAGCAACUGA